UUCUCCUGUGACAGUGUUGAUGCUGGUGCUAUCAUUAGCGCGCUACAGUCGCAGGCCACCAGGCCUCAGCUGGGCUGCAGCCCAGCUGAGGCAUGCUGGCACCGAGGCAUGCUGGGUGUAAAGGGACUGCUGGCUCCCAGGUGGCCCCUACAGCAGGACGUGCUCUCUGCAGUGAAAUUAGUUUCCUCUGCGUUGGAGGCGUUGGACUCUUCCAGAGCUCCCGUUACUAAGCGUCACAGGAAGCUGCUUCUGAAGACCACCGCUGCAGGCGGAGAGGAGGAGCUGCUGCAGCAGCGGCUGGCGGAGACUCAGGCAUCCCGCCGGCGCCUGCUGACCGACGUUUGUGCCAAAUACCAACCAGGCGUCGAUGAGCGACAUGUCUCCGGGCGGCAGGUGUCCCGGGUGUACGUGGAGGACCAGUCCCGGCUGCUGUACUGCGAGGUGCCCAAAGCCGGCUGCUCCAACUGGAAGCGGGUGCUGAUGGUGCUGGGGGGGAGCGCCACCUCCACGCAGGACAUCCCUCACGACGCGGCGCAUUACGGCAACCACCUGUGGCGGCUGGAGAGUUACGAACACGCCGGCAUCGCCGAGAGACUCCGCUCCUACACCAAAGUGCUGUUUGUCAGGGAGCCUUUCGAGCGCCUUGUGUCUGCGUUUCGGGACAAGUUUGAGAGUCCCAACUCGUACUACCACCCGGUGUUUGGACGCCCCAUCAUCUCCAGGUACCGUGCCAACGCCACGCAAGCUGCGCUGCGCACCGGCGCCGGCGUCACCUUCAGGGAGUUUGUGCAGUACUUGCUGGACGUGCGGCGGCCGGUGGGCAUGGACAUCCACUGGGAGCCAGUCACCCAGCUGUGCAGCCCCUGUCUCCUCCGCUACAACUUUAUCGGGAAGUUCGAGAGCUUGCGGGAGGAGGCCGACUUCCUGCUGCGCAGCGUCGGGGCGCCGAGAAACCUCACGUUCCCCGACUUCAAGGACAGAAACCCGCGAGCUGAGAGGACUUCGUCCAGAAUCACUCAGAGAUACUUCUCACAGCUCAACGCCACCGAGAGGCAGAAGGCCUUCGACUUCUACUACAUGGACUACCUGAUGUUCGACUAUCCCAAACCCUUCAACGACCUGCACUGAGGGGUGGAGGGGGGUGGGGGGUAAAGAUGCUCACACUAGUUUGAUAUGAAGCCAAACUCCGGACAAGUUUAUUGAGUGAGAGCGACUCGUCUCCUCUUUAAAUCUAAAAUAUUGGUGCAGAUUUAGUUUUCUAAAUUAAGUUUUCUGGUACGACUCCGCUCGGCUGCUCGGUUUUGCUUUUUCUGCUAUUUAUUUUAGUACCUGGUACUCUUUUAGUACCGGGUACUCUUUUAGUACCGGGUACUCUUUUAGUACCCGGUACUCUUUUAGUACCUGGUACUCUUUUAGUACCGGGUACUCUUUUAGUACCCGGUACUCUUUUAGUACCCGGUACUCCUUUAGUACGUGGUACUCCUUUAGUACCUGGUACUCUUUUAGUACCUGGUACUCUUUUAGUACCUGGUACUCUUUUAGUACCCGGUACUCCUUUAGUACCUGGUACUCCUUUAGUACGUGGUACUUCUUUAGUACCUAGUACUCUUUUAGUACCUGGUACUCCUUUAGUACCUGGUACUCCUUUAGUACCUGGUACUCCUUGGUACUCCUUUAGUACCUGGUACUCCUUUAGUA